UACCUGUGCUGGAGUGUGGGCAAAGCUAUGUGUAUUUGGGGUGAGGAGUUGUCUCGGGAACGCUGGAUGAGCACAGUGCAAGGAUAGGAAAAAGGAUUAUCAGACUCCUGUGACUGUAUAUAUUUUGGGCAUUGGUUUCACCCUACAUUAAACCAGUGUCCCCACUAUGCUCUGUUCUGUGUUCUGCUUUAGCCCUUCCUAGGCUUUUCCAUUUCCUCAUCUACCUGCUGCAUUUCCUCCUUCAGCUUUCCAGGUCCUCUUUUCUCUCUGGUGUUUGGUUUUUUUUUUUCCUCCUAAUGACCAUUUCAUUUCUUUUUUACAACGUAGAGUUCAUCCACCUCUCCAGCCAUAUCCUUAAAAGGUGUUUACUUCUCCAACCUGUGAGAGACUACUUGUCUUCUAUAUUUGGUCACUUUUUCUCAGUUUGUUGUGAUUAUCCACAUAGUCAUUCUGUCCUUCCUCACAGGACUCCUUUUCUUUCCUUUCUCCCUCCUAUUGCAAACAGCCCAUCUUUUCCUCUCAGUUCCACUUUCAAGCCCCUUACUCUCCUCCUUGCUUCCGUUCCCAAAUUCUUCUGCUUCUUCAUUCUCCCACUCCAAAAUCUCUCCCCUACACUUCACCAAAGUCUUGGGGAGCCUCGAGUAAGAAGUCUUUUCUUUUCAUACCUGUGUCAUUUUGCAGGUAAAAGGGGCAAGAAUUUUUCUCACCCUCAUGGCCCUGUCUUCUCCCCUUCUUUCUUUGCAGCCAACUGUGAAAAUGCUAUUCCUGUUUCCAGGUUCCCCAUUCCAAGAACUGACCCACGUUAUAUCCAGAAACUUCCCCCCCAAAAAAUGGCCAGACUGUUGCAAGCUCCACCCAAGUUUCAUCCCUCAGAAUGGGACAUCGCAAACAAGAUGCAGCGUGCCAGUGCAGAGUCUCAGAAAUCCAGGUCAGAGCGCAUGAUAGCCGAGAGCCAGAGGCUGCUGGAUGAAAUAGAAAAGACAACUCAGAAAACCCGCAGUGAUGUCAACAAGAAAAUAGAACAGAGACGGGAAGAAAUAAAAUUCUGGAAGCAUGAAUUAGAUAACAAACUUGAACAAAUUGUUCAUGAGACGGAGGUACUGUUGACUUUCAAGACCAGGCUGGAGAAAUCUUUGGAAAGCUGCAAAGAGCCCCUCAUCAUUGCCCAAAAGUGUCUCCUGAAUAGGCAGAGGCGAGCUGGGAUUGACUUGGUGCAGGAUGAAGUGGAACAGGAACUGGUGAAGGAAGCUGAAGUCCUCCAGGGGGUUAUUGCUUUGCUUGGACGUACAUUGGAACAAACCAAUGAGCAAAUCAGACUAAACCGUUCAGCAAAAUACAACCUGGAAAUGGACCUGAAGGAUAAAUUCACAGCUUUGAUGAUCGAUGAUUACUGUGCCAGCCUGACAAACAACACUCCUGAUAGCAGAUAUGCUGAUAAUGCAGUGAAAACAGAAGGAAAUUUUGUCAGCCCUGAAGACUGGAGGGAUUUCUCAAACAUAAACGUUGAAAAGGCUGAGAAGCAGAGAAACAAUUCUUUGGCACUGAGGGCACUGAUUGAUGGCAUCCUCUCACAGACAGCGAGUGACCUGCACAAGCAACGUGAGGUGGUGAAUGCCGCAUUUAGAAAUAGGGUGAAGGAAGUCAAGGAUGCCAAGCACAAGCUGGAGACACUCCUUGCAAUGGUGAUGGAUGAGACUGCCUCGCAGGAGAAGAAUGUUGCAGCCUUAAAGAAAGCAAUUGCUGAUAAAGAAGGACCUGUUAAAGUGGCUCAGACCCGCUUGGAAGCAAGAAACCAUCGCCCCAAUGUGGAACUGUGUUAUGACACAGUGCAACACAGGCUGAUGAGUGAAGUCCAAGAGAUUACAAAAAAUAUUCAAAGGUUAAAGGACACCCUGGCACAGGCUGAGGCAGAGCUGAAAGGUCUGAGCCGCAGACAGCUUUCCUUGGAGGAGGAGAUCCAGGUCAAGGAGAAUACACUGUACAUUGAUGAAGUGCUCUGCAUGCAAAUGAGAGAGUCUGUUUACAUUAACAACUUCUGAAGCCCUCAUACUGGGAGACUGCGUGUGCUCCAGAGGCCAGCUCCUGAGGAAAUUUUAUUGACAAACCUCUGGAUUUAUUGGUCUGGCUCAGUGCCAUCCUGGUUCUAGUUGUGCAAGGUAUUUAAAACAAACAGAUCUAGUACUUACAGCUAUCUGUUUUACAGCUAUCUAUGCUCUAGAACACCUGAUGAAAUCUCCCACUUGGCAAUACAAUUCCAGAA